AUGGCAAUUGGUCCUAUUAAAAGACACAUGAGUGAUCAAGAAGUUUCCUUUUCAUCGAUAGGAAGGACUAUCACGUCAUCGAAGGGCAUCUCGGCUAUUGAGUUUAUCUGGUUCGUGGAGAGAAGACCCUUGAACGAUCAAGAGCGGUUUUCUCCCAGCAAGUAUCUGUUUGCUGGAGUUGUUGAUGGUCAGAAGACGGCUAAUGAUCUCACAACAUCUCUUAAGACGUUGAAAGCUCUUGGAGAGCAAGGUUGGCAAAGGUCCCUAGGCCAAGCUUCCCCAUCUGUGAAUGCAUUUCCAGCAGGGCGAGCAACAGCAUACAAGAUGUUUGAGACCAUCAAACGGAAACCAGAGAUCAACUCAUACGACACAAGUGGAAUUGUGUUGGAAGAUAUCUACAGUGAUAUAGAACUGAGAGAUGUUUGCUUUAGCUACCCUGCAAGACCUGACAUUCAUGUAUUUUCUGGGUUCUCGUUGCAUGUUCCAAGCGGCAUGACUGUGGCUCUAGUUGGAGAGAGCGGCAGUGGGAAGUCGACAGUGAUCAGCCUGUUGGAGAGGUUCUAUGACCCCCAAGCUGGUGAAGUGCUCAUAUAUGGCAUCAACUUGAAGAAGCUGCAGCUUGGAUGGAUCAGAGAGAAGAUUGGUCUUGUUAGCCAAGAGUCCAUCUUAUUCACAACUACUAUAAAGGAGAAUAUCGCAUAUGGUAAGGCGGGUGCUACAUUGGAAGAAAUCAGAAUAGUAACUGAGAUCACUAAUGCUGCAAGGUUCAUAGACAAGAUGCUACAGGUCACUUGCUUGUACUCUUUUUUUCUUUUUGGUAAAUUCAUCUUACUCUCUCAAAGAUGUUGUGGGUGGAAGGCUAGGAAAGGAAGACACUUAUAGUUUGUUUUGGUAAAUUAAUUGUUUUGUUGA